AUUUGCAGACUGAUCUGGCUGGGAAGAUCUUCAUAUGGUAACAUGCAAGCAUGUAAAUUCCUUGCUUAGUUUACUUUCUCAGGCAUCCUGUGAGCAUGGGCCCAGAUGUGUUACUGUCCCAGCUUUAGCAAGGGUGGCUGAUGGUUCUUGGCUGGCUUCUCGAGGACGGGUUGUGAAUGGAAUGGUAAGGAGUACCGAGAACAAGGGUAGAGGGAGGAAGUGAAGAAUCAGCAGUUGUAAAACCAUGAGCGCUGUCCCUCAUACGGAUGGCUGUAUACGAAAUUGGUUCCAGUGCAACAGAAUGUGAGGGCAUAGGAUGUGUGCAUCACACAAGAGUGGGCGCUGUAAGGUGCAGAAGGAAAAAAAAGUGUACGGUAGCAGCUUGGUCGUAGGUGAUUCAUCGUAUGGAUGAUUGUAAACAAAGCCGGUCCCUAGAGGGGUGGCAUGUGAAGGGGGUGGGAUGAAGGUUCAUACAGAGGGUGGCUGCGACAGUGCAGCCACCCCAGCUGAAGGCACAAAAGAGGUUUCUGGAACAGUUCAUGGCAUACCUUUAUUCGAAGGACAUAGUGGCAUACCAUUCCUGAGCAAGGGACAGGACUACAAGAGCGGCGGCUUCGGUUUGCAGGCUGCAGGGAAUCGACCAAAAGUGGCAACUCACAAAGGUGAAGCUGAUGAUGAAAGAAAUGAAUUGGGUGGAUUCUUUCGAACAAUGGAUAGCAGAAGGAUGGGGAUCCCCAGAUUCUUUCAGAGGUUGGCUGAUGGCCCAGAUUCUGCGUCAGAAAUGGACCGAGCACGACAAGCUGAUGCGACUGGUACUCGAGCAGGUGUGGGGCACUAUGGCCAUGAAGAACAGAAAGGGCCGCUGAAGAGGCAGAAGGUCGGGGUUGAGUCCUCUGACAGCCCAAGUUUAGCUUCCACAAGGGUGACAAGGGAUUGCCUUAUAGGUGUGAGCAGCAACUACUCUCCUUUCCGAGAACUCCGUGGACUAGGAAGUGACAGAGCCCUGCCUGAACAGAGUCGCUGGCCUUCACACUCUGGCUCAGGAUUUGGUAGUCAAAGGGUAUGGAUCCCUUCGUUCGGCAGAAUGCAUAGCGAAGUGAUGCAAAACAGCUCGUUGGAGAGUUUUGGGGGUAGAUCAGGUGUGGGGACGGGGCCUGGACUAGCGGAAAUGAGUCCUAAGGCAAGGCCUGGGCAAUUGUUGGAGGAUACCUUGGGAGCGACAGGAUGGAAAGAUGGCACUCCCAGCAUGGGAGAGAAGGGGCCAUUGUGUGGAGGAGAUUUUACUGGCAGCAGUGGAAUUGAUGCUCUAGAGUCAUCGAGUGUUAAACAGGAAAGGGGAAUCGGGGGGAGCAGAGGAUUCAUGAGAGGGGCUGGGUGCAGUGGUCCUCUUGCCAGUACUCUGCUCGCCAGUGGGAGUGCUGGCUUUGGCAGUGGCAGUGCAUUUGGGAGUUCAGCCAUAUCUGAAAUUGAUGCUGUGGUGGGUGAACCAAAAAUGUUAUCACCCGUCAAAAGAUUACUCUCUGCUAAUCAGACGUCAAACCUUGUCCCUGGUUUAACUGGAAGCCCAGGAGCAUCUAGGCUUGUCCAUGGCGUUUGGGGCGGGGUCAGGAAUUCAGGAAGGGCGUGGUUAGGUGGGAAGGGUAAAAUUCUGGCCAGGGAUGGAGCAUGGCCCAGUUUUUGGAAAUCUGACAAAGAAGAAGCUGGUCCAAGCAGAGAGGAUGGCCAAAACAACGUGCGAAACCAUGAAAAGGAGAGUGAGGUAAGGGGUGAUCCACCCAGUGCAUUUGCUAACAGGAUGGGCAAUGUUGGGCCAACUUGGGAGGGUGCAAAAGGACUCAAGUCCCAUGAUCUUGAAGAAGCCUCCAGGCUCGGAGUCAGCAGAAGGGAGUUGGAUGAAGCAAGGAUGUCCAUGGUUGUGGGAGCUGCUGGACGGCCUUCUGCUCCACAGAGUGGGAGGUUCCCAUUUGUAUGGAGAAUGGACAGGGCAGCAAUGGGACCUUCCACGACUUCAGGCAAUAAAAUGGGUUAUCCUCUUUCUGCUGCUGUGGAUGGGACUGGCGUAACAAGGGCAGACAUGGAUGCCACUAUAUUGUCCGAGGUUUGGCGUCAGAAGGGUAGAAAGCAAGAAAGAGAAGCGGCAAUUGCAGCAGCGAAAGCAGAAAAUGAGGUUUUCGCUUGUGGCACAAUGAGGGCGAGCAGUUGGCCUGACUUGACGAGGAAGACACCAGCAAGCAGGCUUGGCGAGGGAUGUGGAGAGGAGGGCAAUGUGCCAGUGAAUGGUAGGGUAGAUUCUAUUGUUGAAAGCGGUAAGCAAAGAGAGGCGAUCAGGAUGAUGCAGGAUGGGGCACGGGGAGAAAAUAUUGAGAAGGGUGUGGAAGGGAGAAGAGCUGAGGCAGAGGCCUUGUCAGAAAGUAGGGAGAGUGAGGCAACAUGUGCAAUGCCAAGUGCAUCUGCAGCAAAGCGCCUGUCAACAACUGAUGAUGAAGCAGUGGAUGAGACACAGGAGGAGGAAAGGAGAGAGCAAGGUCAAAGUUGGGAGGGGAGGAGUGGAAGCCGGGGUGGCAGCAGCUGUAGAAAGAGAAGGAGGGGCAGCAGUGGUCCUAGGCAAGAAGAGCGCCUGCGGAAGGCUGGAGGGCAAGAAUCCUCAAGUUAUGAGAUAAAAUCAAAAAAGAAAAAGAGACGUGAAAGGCAAAGGGGUAUGAUCGAACAGAGGGAGCGUGAAAGAGAGAGUAGACAUUUGCUAAAAGGAGGUGACGGGAGAGACCAGUGGAGUGGCUGCAAGACUGAAAGUCGUAAGCGUCACAAGGCGAACAAGUCCGAUGGUAAGAGAGUGAAGUAUUUUAAAGUACAAUCACUACUCGAUGGAAAGACGAAGCAGGAGCAAAUCAAAGCAUCCCAUGUCAAAGGCAAGGGAUCAUUUUCUGCAUGGUUUGAUGUUUUGAAGGGAGGGAUGAUGGGCGUAGGCCACCCAGGCUCAGCCAGAAGUACAGCAGAGACGGUAGGGGAUCGACUGGAGGGUUAUUGUGACACAACUGUGGAAGGAGCAAUUGAAAAAAGAUCAACUGAAAAGGAGGACAUGGAGAAAGCGAGAGGCAGAGGAAGUGUUGUUGUUGACCAAGUGGAGGGUGAGGACAGGACCAGAAGGUUUGGAGGACGGCUAGCUCCUGGUUUUGGUAGUGGAACUCCUCAGGAAGUCCAAUCAAAGGCUAAGAGUGAAGCUGCAGAUGACAGAAAAGAGACUCAAGAGGGCGGGCGAAAAGAAUAUGCAGUUGGAGAGGCAAUUGUUGUGCCGACUGUAUGUCUGGAUAGUGCAGCAAUGGUGCGUCAUGUGAACUCAACUGGAAAAACAGUGGCAGAGGGCAUAGCUUCAGUCUUGGGCAAUUCCUCCACAAAGGUUCCCUUGAAGGGUGUCAGCUCAAAAGCUCAAUCAGACAGGGAGGCUCUGGAAGGCAACAGGACUUUCCAGGAAGGGGAUCAAGCAUCCCAGAAAGGAAAGGUUGAAAAACUGCAAGAAGAUGUUCAGAAGCGAAGUGCUGUGAAACCAGGACAAGAUUUGAAGAUCGGUUCGGGGGAAACCCCUGCUUCUGGAGUGGGAUAUCCAAAAGCGUCCAUGUGGUCAUUGUUAACAUCCCCAUCUGCCUUGCAACCACAUGAUCAGCAAACUCUAGCUGGGAAGCACAGUCCCUUGGUGGCCAUCCAAGAUGGUGUUCUGAACCGGUCGCCUCGGCCGCAAUUUGGCAGGCCAAUGGAGGCAUCCCCACAGCACGGUCAGGCCAGAACUGCUAGUGAAGUGGAGACAAUGAAACAUUUGGCCAAAAAGCGUCCUGUAACAGGCUGGCAGUGUCAGAGAGGCGGAGACCCAAAGGGAAGGUUGGGCAGUCCUGCUGCUGCUGUUGGGUGGACAAGCACUGCUAAAACUUUGCCCUCGACGACCACAGAUCAGCAGGUAGUUUUCCGGGUACCUGUGCUGAGCAAGCCCCCUGGACCAAGUGGCGUUUGUUGGGAAAAUCAGCCAGAAUUGGGAGCUUCUCCAAGAAAAAUCCCUUCGUUGCAGGCAAAAGAAGUCCUUGGGCCACGUACUUCCAUGAUUCCACUUGAAUGUGACCAGAAGAAGACCUUUGAUGUGGAUGAGGGGCCUGCGUCCUUUUCUUUUCUCGCAGGUGAACAACGGGAUCUGGAGAACAGGCACAGGAGGGAACAAGCAAUGACAUCCCAGGGCGGUGUUGCGCCCGAUGACAUGGACCUCAGACAGCCACCCAGCAUAGGGGUCAAUAUGGGGGGUUCAGUGGGCUCCAUUACUGGUGCAGCAUCAGUUGCUGGCAUGCCGUCAAUCAAUAUGCCCCCACAGAUCCCGUCUGUUACAGUUCAGGGUGAAACAGUAGCCCAUGAAAGUGGGGCCCGCCUCUCUCAACAUGUGCUCGUGAAUCCCUUUAAUGCUCAGGCUGGAUUAGCAACCACCCAAGCAGGGCCGUCGCGAAAGAAAGAAACUGGAGAUCUGGAUGGAGUCUUAUGCCAGACUGUUUCCGAACUCCAACAUUCUGCUUACAUGCCCUAUGAAAUGAUUGCUGGAAAAUUUGGGAAGGCAGGUGCAGCUGCACCGGAAAAUGUGUGUCCUGCUGGCGAUAAACCAGAAACCCAAACUGGAAAUCUGCCAGAAGGUGGCAGUAUGGCACCUCUUGGGGUAAAUAUGAUUCUACAACCUGCUGGCAGAGUGGAAGCGGGUCAGAGCCCCAUCUUUUGUUUUGGCGAUGAUGGUUCUGGGGAGGCGGUAAAAGGCCACGAUGACAUGGAAUGCAAAGCUAGAAUGGCAGCUGUUCGUAAAUGGAAUCUUGAAAGUGCAAAAUGGAGAGGGAGGCAUGGGAGGGAAGAUGACAAAACUACAAAAGCUGGUUUUAUUCUCGCAGAGGUAAUGGCCAUGGCAAGGAUAUCGCGGCUGAAGUGCAUGUUCUGUGGAAUGGGGGGCCAUGAGCUUGAUGAAUGCUCAGAGACCUUGGAUGCUGAGCUUCCAUUCUUCCGAAGGAGGAUGUUGAAGUGGAGAGAGCAACAGGAAAAGGAUUCUAAGAGUGACGAGCCCAUGGUCAGCGACAAACCAAUUAUUCAGUGCUUGAGGUGCCUCAAGAAGGGUCACUGGGGCUCACACUGCCUGUUGUCUGCGAGUGAGGUCAUGGCAAUACACGCCAAGAGUGAAAUGGGUCUGCAAGAGGAGAACAGAGAAAAAUAUUCAGCGGAAAGAAAGGUUGUUGGAGAGGGCUCCAUGCUUGGACAGGGAGGAUUCUACAACGAGGCUGCACCUGACAAUAAUGUCAGUAGGAAGCACCCUGUUUCCAGGUUUGCAGGGGAUAAGAUGGAAAGGACAAUGGAGCAGCACAGCAACUCUGAGGCAUCGGACAAUUCGAACAGGGAGGGGAGUGCCGACAGAGAUUCUGUAAUGCAACGACAGAAUGCUCCAGAGGAGACGUGUGCUGAUAGAGGGUUUGAGUAUCAACAUGAAGGGAAGGGAAGGGAGUGCAUGAGUGAGAGAGGGAGAGGGCUUAAGAGGAGAGGAGAAUCUGAGAGGCAGGAAGAGUCUAGCAGAAGUCGAAGGAAUAGGGACAAGCCAGACAUGGAGAAGGGAAGAAGUCAGAGAUGGGAUAGGGAAGAAAGAGCAAGAGGGAGGGAAGACAGGCAUGACAGAGAUAAGGGGAAAGGGAAAGGAAAAGAUCCAGGAAGACAUCGGGAAAGAGAGAGGGGUAAGGAGUGGUUAUGCAAGAGGUCCUUAAAUGAAGAGGAUAGUAAGGCAGUUCAAGGAGGACAGCGUAUUCGUGACGGAGAUAAUGAUAACAGUGGUGGGGGGCAGGUGAAGAGUGUUUCACAGCUACCCAUGAGGCCCCCACCUGGCAUGUUGCAGGCUAUUGAGUCAGUACAACUUCCACGCCGUGAAUUAAUAAGGUUGGCAGGCAAACGGGAUUUUAGUACCCGUGUUUCUGGAUUCUUCUUAAGGCUGCGAUUUGGAAGUGUGAGCUCGAACUUGCGGAACCAUGAAAUCGGAUCUGUCUUUGUUGAGUUGCAGAAGAUCUCCUGCCCAUCAAACUUUGGAGUUGUCUCGUGCGGUUCCGAGCUCGAGUGGUUGGCGGCAGUACAAAUCCGCUGCUCCAACUGUUGCGUCGCGGUUUGCUGUAACUGCACGCCGUCCUUGAGGGAUCCGACGUCAAGCUCCAAUGCCUCAAGGCGAUCGGAGGUUUUGGAAGAGCUGGCAACGGGGCGGCGACGGUUUGUUCCAGCUGCUGGAGGCUGCUAGUACCUUGAAGACGAAACUGGAGCAACGGCGCUGCAGCAGGCUGUCGAGCGCAUUGUGAAAUCUCAGGAAGCUAUGAUAGCAUCUGAGAACGGACACAAACGACAGGCCGUAAUUCAGGUAGGAGAAGGAGUCUGGGUAAAGGCUAUUCUUCGGCAAGAUGAUGGGAAUGGUCUACGACCUGUAGAGUUCAUGAGUAAGAAGAUCAAGACUCAGAAGCUCCAGGACUCUACCUAUGAGAAGGAGCUAUAUGCUCUUGUUUGUGCCUUAAAACAUUGGAAGCACUUUCUCCUGGGAAGACGCGUCAAGAUCUUCUCUGAUCAUUCCACCUUACAGUGGAUGAAAUCCCAGGGAGAGUUGAAUGACAAACUGGCACGCUAUAUUCAGUUCAUUGACAUGUUUGACUUUGAAUUGAAACAUGAGAAGGGUUGCUACAAUAAGGUAGCAGAUGCCCUCUCUCGUAGGCUUGACUCUUUUGCACUGAUCUACUCCACUCACUCCUUUGGAGAGGAGACCCGUUGUUGGGCGGGGAGGUAUCCACUACGGCUCAAUGAGGCCACUCCUCUGUUGCUGCCAAGCAGGCCUCAGCCUCCCUCCCAUUUCUCGGACACAUACACUUUCACUCGGAACAAGGCCAGGUCGCAGGAGGAGGAGGUGGAGGAGGAUGAGGAGGAGGGGGCGAGGAAGAAGACGAAAGGACGAGGCGAGGAAGAAGACAAAGGGGGAGGAAGAAGAGCUUUAACGACGGGGGGAAAAAAGAACAUUCGGCGCGCACUGACAUGGCAGCACCGACUGACAAGCGACGGGCUGAUGUGGCAGGUCGCAGGAGGAGGAGGUGGAGGAGGGGGCGAGGAAGAAGACGAAAGGACGAGGCGAGGAAGAAGACAAAAGGAGGUGGAGGAGGAGGAGAACAAGGAGACAAAAGGAGGAGGAGGAGAAGACGAAAAAGAGGAGGAGGAGAAGACGAAAAGGGAGAGGAGAUGGCGCACGACAAUGGCGAAACUUGGGGAAGAGGAGGAGGAGGAGGAGGAUGAAGAGGAGGAGGAGAAGGAGGAGGUGGAGGAGGACGAGGAGGAGGGGGCGAGGAAGAAGAUGAAAGGAGGUGGAGGAGGAGGAGGACGGCAGGAGAACAAGAAGACAAAAGGAGGAGGAGGAGGAGGAGAGGAGGAGAGGAGGAGAAGACGAAAAGGAGGAGGAGAAGAAAACGAAAAGGGGGAGGAGAUGCCGUUCGACUACGACGGAACUUGGGAAGGAGGAGGAGAUGGAGGAGGAGGAGGAGGACAGGAGGAGACGAAAACGACGAAAGGAGUAGAAGAGGAAGAAGACGAAACGAGGAGGAGGAGGAGGAGAGGAGGGCACAAAAACGAAAGGAGGAGGACGAGGGGAGGAGGAGAAGAAGACAAAAGGAGUGUGGAGGCAAGAGUGGAAUACCAGCUCGUGGAGGAGGAUGUGCUGUUUGCUCAGGGGUUUGACGGAUUUUUCCUUCCUCUGUCAGAGGAAGUUCAUUAACUGUACGUUUGCCCUGACCUACUGGCGAAAAGGAAACCAUAUUGACACUCUGCAUAAUACAAUG